AUGGCUUCUUUCUUGAUCACCUGCCUCUCUGCUAUUGCAAGGAAACCUCCUUCAAUGACCCCUGUUUUUCCUAACACCACCAAGUCUACUGUAAUGAGUAGUACUGAUUUGCUUGAUGCAAUUGAGACGGAGAGUGGGUAUGAUUCAGAAGAAGAAGUAGAAGUAGAAGAAGAGGAGAACUUGAUGGAAAGAUGGACUGCUCGAGAAAUUGAAGAAGGUGCUGAACUGAAAAUCAACAUGCCUGGUCUGUGCAAAGAAGAUGUUCAUGUCACUCUUGAAGAAACUACUCUUUUGAUCAAGGCUGGUAAAGCUGAUGAAAACGAGAACCCAGUUGUUGUUGUUAAUGGUGAUAAAACUGAUGAAGAGAAUGACAUGAUGAUGAACACCAUGAUAAGUUUUGAACUGGAUCUUGAUUUCCUCAAGCUUGAUGAAAUGAAAGCUGAGAUGAAGAACGGUGUUCUGAAGAUUUUCAUUCCCAAGAUCAUGGAGGAGAAAAAAGAGAAGCUUGUUAUGGAAAUUAAGGUCGAGUAA